AUGAGUGCUAUAAAUCCUCGAUCAACUAGUUUUGAUCUGUCCAAGUCCAUGGUGGCAGCUGGUGUUGACAUUGCACCUUCAACAGUGAGAUACAGACUUUUUGAUCAAUGGCGGAAAGCACGUCGACCGUACAAGAAGCAGCUUCUCACGCCUCGCAUGAAGAAAAAAAGAUUUCGUGAUGGUAGAGACAGCUUAGAAGAUGAUCCAAGACCAGGUCAUUCAGUAACAGUUCGAAAUGAUGAGAACAUUGAAAAAGUGGCCGAAAUCCUGCGAAAUGAUCGUUAUGUCUCUACUCGACUCAUCGAAGAGGUUACUGGCAUACCUAAAUCCACUGUCCAUCUCAUUUUAACUGAAAAUUUAGGAAAAAGGAAAGUCUUUGCUCGCUUUGUACCGCACACAUUGACUAACGACCAAAAACAUUGCAGAGUGGAACACUACAGAGACAUGCAACAAGCGGCCACUAGGGAUCCAAACUUCAUGGUAAACAUUGUAACUGGUGAUGAAACCUGGUGUUUCAAGUAUGAACCACUCACAAAACGUCAGAGCGCGGAGUGGAAGAGCCCAGAAGAUGCCAAACCAAAAAAAGUGCGCAUGGAAAAAAGCCGAAUCAAGACUCUCCUCACAGUUUUCUUUGAUUCGAAGGGUAUCAUCCAUAAGGAAUUCAUGCCAGAAGGUGAAUCAGUUAAUGCUGCUUACUACUUGAGUGUUUUGAAGCGUUUAUGGGCGAGAAUUCAUCGAGUUAGACCUGAAUACCAAAACCAAGCGUCAUGGUUUCUUUUGCAUGACAAUGCGUCAACACACAAAAGCUUGAUGGUACGUAACUUCUUGGCCAAAAAAAGUUUUGUGCUGCUUAAUCAGCCUCCUUAUUUCCCUGAUUUGGCUCCAGCGGAUUUCUGGUUGCUCCCAAAAUUGAAAUUGGCAAUGAAAGGCAAACAUAUUGCCACAGUUUCAGAUAUUCAGGCAGCUACGACGGCGACAUUGAGGGCAAUUCCAAAAGAUGGGUUAGAAGAGUGCUUCAACAAAUUUCACGACCGCUUCCAGCAUUGUAUUGACUCCAAAGGUGUAUAUUUUGAAUAA